AUGUUGAUCCCCAAGGCCGACCGCAAGAAGAUCCACGAGUACCUCUUCCGAGAGGGUGUCCUCGUUGCCCAGAAGGACUUCAACCUUCCCAAGCACCCCGAUAUCGACACCAAGAACUUGUUCGUCAUCAAGGCUUGCCAGUCGCUCAACUCCCGCGGCUAUGUCAAGACUCAGUUCUCGUGGCAAUACUACUACUACACCCUGACCCCCGAGGGCCUCGACUACCUCCGCGAAUGGCUCCACCUUCCCGCUGAGAUCGUUCCUGCCACCCACAUCAAGCAACAACGAUCG